AUGAAAAAAAUUCCUGAAAAGCUCGGUCAAUAUAGUGAAUAUAAAAAUAUUAAAUUUGCAUUGAAAGAGGCGGUUUAUGACACAGUCACAAAAGAGGCAUUUGAAGAAAAAUGGUGUUCUUUCAUCGAAAAAUUUGAGCUUCAACAAAAUGAUUGGUUGAAUGGAUUGUAUAACGAACGUCAUAGAUGGUGUUUAUGGCAUAUAAUGAAAAAAAUUCCUGAAAAGCUCGGUCAAUAUAGUGAAUAUAAAAAGAUUAAAUUUGCAUUGAAAGAGGCGGUUUAUGACACAGUCACAAAAGAGGCAUUUGAAGAAAAAUGGUGUUCUUUCAUCAAAAAAUUUGAGCUUCAACAAAAUGAUUGGUUGAAUGGAUUGUAUAAUGAACGUCAUAGAUGGGCACCAACCUUGCUAAGGAAAUAUUUUUGGGCAGGUAUGUCUACUACACAGCGAAGUGAGAGUAUACAUUCUUUCUUUGAUGGUUAUAUCAACUCAACGACAAGUUUAAAUCAAUUUGUAAAACAAUAUGAUAAUGCUCUCAGAAGUCGAGCAGAAAAAGAAUUUGAAGCAGAUUUUAAUUCGAUGGAUACUACAAUUUCUUGUGGGUCAAACUCGUCAAUUGAAAAGCAAUUCCAAGGUGAAUAUACUCAUGCCAAAUUUAAGGAAGUUCAAACAGAAUUUAGAUCUAAAAUGAAUUGUGAUGCUUCCUUGUAUAUCGUGGAGGGUUCCUUUGCUACAUACCAUGUGUUGGAGGAAGUGUCAAUUGGAGACAAACCAAAAGAACGUGUUUUAAAAGUUGUGUUUAAUCGAGAAAAUAAUGAUGUCAACUGUGAAUGUUCGUUGUUUGAGUUUAGAGGUAUUUUGUGUUGCCAUGUGUUAUCUGUGUGUACUCAAGAGAGAGUUAAAAAUGUGUCAAAUAAGUAUAUCUUAACAAGGUGGAAGAAAAAUAUUAAAAGGAAACAUUCAUAUAUUAAGAGCAGUUAUGGUGUGAAAGAAUUGAAGCCACAAAUGGACAGGUUUGACAAAUUGUGCAAGCAUUUCUACGAAGUUGCUGAAGUAGCUACAGAGUCUGAAGAUGCGACUAAGGCACUUCAUGAAAUAUUACAUCAAUUUAAUUCUAAUGUGCCCACCAUGGAUACUACGAUUAACAAGCAUAAAGAAGGAAAAAUACAGGCAAAAAGUGUAGUCCAAACCCCACCAACUACAUCGCUAUAG